AAUAUCAACGAGCUCAAACGGGAGUUGGGAAGUUGCCUGGCAACGGAAACGGAGUUGGCUUUUGGCCCGGCUGUUUGGACGUUUUGCUGUGUUCUAUCACACAUCACACAAAUCGAAAAUGGUGCGCAUCACGGAGGAGUUGGUGCGGAAGAAGUCGGAGCACAAUGAGCGGCUGAUCAGCACCCUGGAGGAGAUAUCGCUGCACCAGGAGGACAUCGAGCGCAUUGAGCAUGUGCAGAACUGGUGCAAGGAACUCAAGAUCCUGCUCCUGCAGUCGAACCUCAUUGCGCGCCUGGAGAACCUGCACAAGCUGAAGCGACUGGAGUACCUGAACGUGGCCGUGAACAACAUCGAGCGCGUCGAGCAGCUGGAGGGGCUCGAGUCGCUCAACAAACUGGAUCUCACGCUCAACUUCAUCGGUGAGCUGACCAGCGUGGAGUCGCUGCGCGGCAACUACAAUCUGCGAGAGCUCCUGCUGAUCGGCAAUCCUUGCGCGGACUAUCCGCACUACCGCGACUAUGUGGUGGCCACCCUGCCGCAGCUGCAGAGCCUCGACUGCCAGGAGAUCACGCACUCGGAGAGGCUCCACGCCCAGCGGCAGCUACCCCAGCAUCGCGCCGUCAUCGUCCAGUGCCAGGCGGACCAGGCCAUCGAGCGGGAUGAGCAGCGAGUUCGCGUGGCCGAGCAGCAGGCGGCGCUGGCCGAGCAAUGCGCCGACAUUGAGGACGAGGAAGAGCGCACGCGCACCUUCUGGAACGCCAAGAGCGAGCACUGUCCGGAGAUACGCACAGAGAUCGCCCGGCAGCACCGGCUGGGCAGGGAGAAGCACGAGCCGCAGUCGUCGCUUCCACAAGCCAAACGGCAGCCGCAUCUCUUCGCCCCCUGCGGACGUCCGUACAACCUGAACCAGGCCAAGCUGCCCUUCAACUUUCAGGAUGAGGCGACUCACUACUCGCUCCAGCUGCAGGUCUACAGACACCUGGACACGGCCCUGAUCGAUGUGGAUGUCCAGACCAAUUACACGCGCGUCACCGUCAAGGGCAAGAUCUUUCAGAUUGCCUACAACGAGGAGGUGCAGCCAGGUGAAUCCACAGUCCAGCGAUCUCAGACCACGGGCCACUUGACGAUUCUACUGAAGAAGCUGAAGGUCAACGAAAUGCUGACCAUCAAGCGUGGUCCGGCCAAGGGGGCCUUACCCACUGCUACCACGCUGCAGACUGGACAGACGGAGCCGGUGCCCCUCCGCGGCGUUGUGGACAUUGCCAACAUUUGCCCGCCCGAUGAUCUACCAGAUUUGAUUUAAGCGACAAAAUCCGCUUCUUCUUUCACUCUCUUAAUGGUUUAUUUCAGCUAUCAGUUAUUCUACGUUUAUUUUCAGUCAAAUGUUUAGCGAUUAUCUAUGGUAAAUCUAAAUCUUCUACACACUCUAUGCACACAAAUGUACACAUUUAUGCACAUUGUUAUAAUUUUUUGUUUGAGAGUUAUAAUUUUAAUAGACAUUUUUCGAUGAAAAUUAGAGUUGAAUUCGAGGAGAUUUCUGUUGUGUAAAGGAUCAGAGCACACCAAAGACACAGACAACAAAUUAAUAGCCAUACCAAGGAAAAUAUAAUAAAUAU